GUAUCUGUCCUGUGAUUUCAUAACAUUAUUUACGAAUACGCAUAGUGGUAUCUUAUUAUUACUUUGACUACCGUUUGUUAUGUAUAUAUUUAAAGACGAGUUUAAAAAAUUUAAUCUUACGUUAUUUUUAUUGAAAUUGUGUCUUUGAAGCACGUUAACUACUGAUCCACGUAAUGCUCUCAACAGUAUGAAUUGUACUUAGAAAUCUAUCGUACAAUAAGAAUUUUCAUGUGCUGUCAAUCUAAGUAAUAAAAAUCCAUGAUUUUUAAAAAUCAUUUUUUAUUCUUUCAGUGCAACAUUUUGCUACGAACAUUUUUACGAAUUUAAGGUGUGACCAUUACAAUUGAAUCAAGCGGAGUUGAUUUCCAAUUAAAGUUUUCGAACUGAUUAUAGUUAUUAUUAUUGCUAUAAACAAUUAAUACAUAGAAAAUAGACGCCAUGGCUCGCCCAUUAAUUUCAAGCCAACAAAAAUUAGCAGAAAAAUUAAUUAUUCUUAAUGAUCGUGGUGUAGGAAUGUUGACCCGCAUUUACAAUAUCAAGAAAGCUUGUGGUGAUGCGAAAUCUAAACCAGCUUUUUUAUCUGACAAAACACUUGAAUCAUCUAUUAAAUUAAUCGUCCGUAAAUUUCCUAAUAUAGACGUCAAAGGACUUCAAACAAUCACAAACUUGCGCAAUGAAAUAAUAAAGUCACUGUCUUUAUAUUACUACACAUUCGUUGAUUUGUUAGAUUUUAAAGACAACGUUUGUGAAUUACUAACAACUAUGGACGCUUGUGGAGUGCAUUUGGAUAUAACUCUUAAUUUUGAUUUAACUAAAGCAUAUCUAGAUUUAACAGUAAUUUACGUUACUCUUAUGAUUUUACUUUCAAAAGUAGAAGAUCGGAAGGCAGUAUUAGGUCUCUUCAAUGUAGCCCACGAAAUGGUUCAUAAUCAAUCCGAUCAUAGUUUUCCUCGAUUAGGUCAAAUGAUCAUGGAUUAUGAUCUUCCACUAAAAAAACUCUCAGAAGAAUUUGUUCCUCAUUCAAAAUUAUUAAGAAAUGCUUUGAACUCACUUUGGGCUAUUUAUCCAAGCAGAAAUUUGUCAGCAGAUAGUUGGAGAGCAGAUCAAAAAUUGAGCUUGAUCGGAAGCCCAGGUCAAAUAUUGAAAGCUUCGGCCACUGACACAAUGUCUUGUGAAACAUUAAGUUUGGAUAAAAUAGAAAAAUGGAUCAUUCUGGGUUUCACGUUGUGUCACUCUUUUUUAAAUCAAGAACAAUCAAACAAAUUAUGGGUCACUGCUCUUGAGUCUAGAUGGGUGUUAGCCCUCUUUCGCGAUGAAGUUAUCUACAUACAUCAAUAUAUUCAAUCUUUUUUCGAAACUAUUAAAGGCUAUAGUAAAAAAAUUUCAGAAGUGAAAGAAUGUUAUAAUCAUGCGAUUCAAAAAUCUAGUUACAGACAUAGAGAAAGACGAAAAUUUUUGAGAACUGCUUUAAAAGAAUUGGGACUAAUCUUGACUGAUCAACCCGGUCUCUUAGGUCCUAAAGCAUUGCUAGUAUUUAUGGGAUUAUCUCACGCAAGGGAUGAAAUUCUAUGGAUUUUAAGACAUGGAGACAACCCACCGAAUCAAGGAAAAGGAAAAGGACGUGGAAAUGAAGACUUGGUUGAUAGACAACUUCCUGAACUUUUGUUUCAUUGUGAAGAGUUAAGAGCUCUUGUUAGAAAAUAUUCUCAAGUUCUUCAACGUUAUUAUGUUCAGUUUUUAUCAGGCUUUGAUGCUCCUACACUUCAUCAAAUAAUUCAAAGCCUCCCGGUUUGCCCGGAGGAUGAAGGAGCAAUUUUGAGUGAUUUAUGUUCGGUCAUGGCAAAUGUAUCGAUAAAACAAGUUGAAGAGAAUGAUUUAUUUGAUUUUCGUCCAUUAAGAAUUGACUGGAUCAGAUUGCAAGCGUACAUGUCUGUCAACAAAUGUAAUAUGAGCCUCACGGAUAAUCGUGAGUUGGCGUCUUUUAUGGAUACAGUAAUUUUCCACACGAAAAUGAUAGACAAUCUUGAUGAAAUGCUUAUUGACACUUCAGAUUUGUCCAUUUUCUGUUUUUAUAGCAAAAUUUUUGAAGAUCAAUUUCAUAUGUGUCUCGAAUUUCCCGCUCAAAACAGAUACAUCGUUGCUUUUCCACUUAUAUGCAGUCAUUUUCAAAGUUGUACUCAUGAGCUUUGUCCUGAAGAACGACAUCAUAUUCGAGAACGAAGUCUUUCUGUCGUUAAUAUGUUUCUCGAUGAAAUGGCGAAAGAAGCUAAAAAUAUUAUAACAACAAUUUGUGAUGAACAAUGCAAUAUGAGUGACAAACUUUUACCGAAACACUGUGCGCAAUUGAUUUCACAAGUUGUUAAUCGUAAAAAAAAAGAUAAAAAUAAAAAGAACAUUUAUGAAAUCCAUAAACCUGGAGUAGAAAGCUAUAGAAAAACCAGGGAAGAGCUCACCACCAUGGAUAAAUUACAUAUGGCGUUGACUGAACUUUGCUAUGCAAUUAAUUUUUGUCCUACUAUUAAUGUCUGGGAAUACACAUUUGCACCACGAGAGUACCUGAACCAGCAUCUCGAAACAAGGUUUUCUAGAGCUCUAGUUGGUAUGGUGAUGUUCAAUCCAGAUGCUAGUGAAAUAGCGAAACCAUCAGAACUUUUUGUGAGUGUUCGAGCAUACAUGAACGUCCUUCAAACGGUUGAAAAUUAUAUUCAUAUUGAUAUUACUCGGGUUUUUAAUAAUGCACUUCUUCAGCAAACUCAAGCAUUAGAUAGUCAUGGUGAUAAAACCAUUGCUGCUCUGUAUACACAAUGGUAUUCUGAAGUCUUAUUAAGGCGUGUUAGUGCUGGCAAUAUUUGUUAUUCUUCGAACCAACGAGCGUUUGUGAGUUUAUCGGUAGAAAGUGCGGUACCAUUUAAUGCAGAAGAAUUUUCGGAUAUUAAUGAACUUCGGGCUUUAACUGAGCUUAUAGGUCCGUACGGAAUGAAAAUGCUCAAUGAAACACUUAUGUGGCAUAUUUCUAGUCAAGUGCAGGAACUGAAAAAACUUGUUGCUAACAAUAAAGAAGUCCUUAUAGCUCUUAGAACUAAUUUCGAUAAACCCGAUAUCAUGAAGGAGCAAUUCAAGCGAUUGCAACAUGUUGAAAAUGUUCUACAGAGAGUUACAAUAAUUGGGGUCAUUCUCAGUUUUAGACAACUUGCACAAGCUGCUUUAGUUGAUGUUUUAGAAGAACGUAUACCUUUUCUUCUAAGUUCAAUACUUGAUUUUCGGCAUCAUUUGCCGUCGGGCGAUCCAAUGCGCUUGAUUUCUGAAAUGACUUCUGCUGCUGGGUUGAUGUGCAAAGUAGAUCCAACACUCACCAAUGCACUAAAAAUUCAGAAAACAGAAGUAGAUGAGGAUGAACAUUUAUUAGUUUGUCUCUUAAUGGUUUUUGUGGCUGUUUCCAUUCCAAAAUUAGCUCGUAAUGAAAAUUCAUUUUAUCGUGCAUCAUUAGAAGGACAUUCAAAUAAUAUACAUUGCAUUGCUACCGCUAUAAACAACAUAUUCGGUGCACUUUUUACAAUAUGUGGUCAAAAUGAUAUCGAAGACAGAAUGAAGGAAUUCUUAGCAUUGGCUUCAUCCAGCUUGCUGAGACUCGGCCAAGAAAUUGAUAAAGAAACUAUCAAAAACAGGGAGUCAAUUUAUCUUUUACUCGAUGAAAUCGUUCAAGAGUCACCAUUUUUAACAAUGGAUCUUCUAGAAAGUUGUUUUCCCUAUGCGCUUAUACGAAAUGCAUACCAUGAUGUAUACAAAUUAGAACAUAAUCAGAUGUAAAACAGUUUAAGUUCUGUAAUUUAUAAUAAACUAAUAUAACACUCUACGUAUCGAUUAAAGCCAUGUAUUUUUAUACAAUACUAGCUUUACCAACUCGUUCCAUUGGACAUUUAUAAUAAUAAUUUACAAUAAUUUAGCAUAAAUAACUUAUAUUGGUUUUGCCACAUCGAGACCCAAUCGGGAACUUGUUGGGAUAUCCCAGUGAAAAAAUUAUUAUUAUUUUAAUAACUUUUAUUAUUCAUAUACAAUCUGAAAUACUCAAAAUUUGUUAUUGAAAUUUUUUUAUUUUUGCAAAAAGUUGAUAAUAAAACUAAUUUAUUUUUUACGCUUAUACAUGUACAUUGUGCAAAAUAUUUAUGUUAAAAUUACUUUCUUUUUUAAUCUAAAUUAUUUAUAAA